ACGUGGCUCCCGGCGCAUGCGCAGGCAGCCGCACUGCCCUUCGGGAUACUGGGGGGCGUGGCCGUGGGGGUCUCUGGUGCCCCAGAUCGGCGCCAUGGGCCGCAAGAGGGCGCCGCGCGGGCCGGGGGCGGAAGGCGGCCGGGCUCGGCGCCUCCCGAGCCGAUCCCUGGAGGCCUUCGCCGAGGAGGUCGGCGCCGCGCUGCGAGCAUCCGUGGAGCCAGAGGUGGCCGAAAGCGAGGGCGACCCGGGCCGGGCCACGCUGCCCUGCGCGCUCGCCAUGUGGGAGCUGGGCCACUGCGACCCCCGGCGCUGCACCGGCCGCAAGCUGGCCCGCCUGGGGCUGGUGCGCUGCCUGCGCCUGGGCCAGAGGUUCGGCGGCCUGGUGCUCAGCCCCGUGGGCAAGCAGUACGUGUCCCCCGAAGACAGACAGCUGGUGGCACAGUCUGGGGUCGCCGUCAUCGACUGCUCCUGGGCCAGACUGGAUGAGACGCCGUUUGGGAAGAUGCGAGGGAGCCACUUGCGCCUGCUGCCCUACCUGGUGGCCGCCAACCCUGUGAACUAUGGCCGGCCCUACAAACUUUCCUGCUUGGAAGCUUUUGCCGCCACCUUCUGCAUUGUAGGCUUUCCGGACCUCGCUGUCAUUUUGCUGCGGAAGUUUAAAUGGGGCAAAGGUUUCUUGGAUCUUAACCGCCAGCUCUUGGACAAGUAUGCGGCCUGUGGUGGCCCGGAGGAGGUGUUGCAGGCAGAGCAGGAGUUCCUGGCCAGCGCCAAGGAAAACCCCCAGGAGGAGGAGAUCGAUCCCUUUGAUGUGGAUUCAGGGAGAGAGUUUGGAAACCCCAACAGGCCUGUGGCCAGCACCCGGCUGCCCUCGGACACUGAUGAUAGUGAUGCGUCUGAGGACCCCGGGCCUGGCGCCGAGGAUGGAGGAGCCGGCAGCAGCAGCUCUGAAGAGGAACAGACUCAGGGACGGGGGGCUGAGGCCAGGCCCCCGGCUGAGGUUUGGAAAGGAAUCAAGAAGCGGCAGAGAGACUGAGGGUUACAGACGUGUAUUUUUGAGGCUGGGUGACGAGAAAAUCUAGAGACGUGGGGGACACAGGCGGGCCUGGCAGUUUCGGCUCUGUGGCUGCCGGCGGGACUGAGCCGUCCGGGUCCUCCCCGUGCUUCCAGCACAGCCGUACUCCGUGUCCCACCUUGGUGCUCUCGCAAUGAAGCUGCAGGCCGAGG